AAAGGGGUUUGCGCAUGCGCCGGAGGGGUUGGCGGCGUCUGCGAGCGAGCGAGCGAGUGAGUGAGUGACUGAGCGCCGCUGAACUGAGCCUCGGCCGGACUCGGAGCGGUUGGCGCUGUUUGUGUGUGUGUGAGGGAGGGAGGGAGGAGGGAAAGAGUCAAGAGACGAUUUAAUGCGGCCGAACCGCGAGGUGGUGGUGGUGGAGGAGGAAGAGGAGGAGGUGGUGAGGGGGGGAGAGGAGGAGUGAAGAGCGAGCGCGAGCGUAGAAAACGAAGCAGAAUCGUUCGUGUAAAUAAGCCCAAGGUGAACUAUUUGCCCAGUGAUUGUGGGAUUGACCAUUUGCCAAGCAUCAAAGCCAGGACAUCUGAAACAAAGGGUUUGAACUCUCAAGAAAGGAAUAAGUCUUAAAAAUUUGUACAAAUCGUGAACAGAGACUGAAGGUUGGAUGAGAAGAUCUAGUCCUUAAUUUUGUAAAGGAGACCAGACAAACCUGUACCAUGAGUAGUGAUGCCAACCAGGGAGUGAUAACUACCCCUCCUCCACCCAGUAUGGUUCACAAGGAGAGCUAUUUUGACCGCUUUGAUGAGAAUGACCCUGAAUACAUCCGUGAGAGGAACAUGUCCCCGGACUUGAGACAGGACUUCAAUAUGAUGGACCAGAGGAAGCGAGUUUCUCAAAUACUACAAAGUCCUGCCUUCAGAGAUGAGCUUGAGGCCCUCAUUCAAGAACAAAUGAAAAAGGGUAAUAACCCUGCAGGUCUCCUUGCCUUACGACAGAUAGCAGAUUUUGUAAUGGCAAGUUCUGUUACCUCAUUACCAACAGCCCAAUUGAGUCUGGGAACAGUCACGCCCAUCAAUGAUCUACGUGGUGUGGAAUCCGCUUCUUUCGUGAAAGAGAAGUUGACUCGGUGUAAAAUCGCAAGCCUAUACAGAGUAUUAGAUCUAUUUGGAUGGGCACAUUUAGCUAGCACCUAUAUCACGGUUAGAGUAAGCAAGGAACACGAUCACUUUCUCAUUGUUCCCAGGGGCCUGUCGUAUUCUGAAGCCACAGCUUCUAACCUUGUGAAAAUUAAUAUUAUCGGCGAAGUGGUGGAUCAAGGCAGCACAACUCUCCGCAUUGACCACGGAGCAUUCAGUCCUCACGCUGCUAUCUAUGCAAUAAGGCCUGAUGUUCGAUGUGCCAUACAUAUACACACCCCGGCAGCUGCCGCUGUUUCCACUAUGAGGUGCGGAAUCCUGCCAAUUUCCCAAGAAGCCUUGAUUCUGGGUGAUGUGGCGUACCACGAUUAUCACGGUUCACUGGACGACGAGAGUGACAGGUCUCAGCUCCAAAAGUGUCUCGGCACAACUUGCAAGAUAUUGGUUCUUAGGAACCAUGGAGUGGUAGCACUUGGUGAAUCCAUAGAAGAGGCCUUUCUCUAUGCCUAUACUGUUCAGUUUGCCUGCGAAAUCCAGGUGCGGGCUCUUGCCAGUGCCGGGGGAGUGGAUAACUUAGUGCUGUUGGAUCUGGAAAAGAUGAAGCCUUUCACGCACAAAGUGGCUAUUGAAGGAGUCAACAUGGGAGCAUUGGCCAAGUGGAAAAUUGGAGAGCAGGAGUUUGAAGCUAUGAUGAGAAUGCUGGACAAUCUGGGCUACAGAACUGGCUACACCUACAGGCAGCCCAUUCUAAGAGAAAAGCAACGACACAGAAGCGAGGUGGAGAUCCCGGCCACCGUCACAGCCUUCUCCUUUGAAGAUGAUGCUCUUCAGCGUUCUCCCCUCAAGUACCUGGCACAGAAGCAGCAGCGUGAGAAGACAAGAUGGCUGAACUCUCCCAAUACCUACAUGAAAGUCAACGUGCCAGGGGAAUCUCCCAGCGGUGAGAGCAGUCCCAGGACCAAAACCACAUGGAUGAAGGCAGCCGAUCCUUCAAAAAUCAGCAGUGGGACACCAAUCAAGAUUGAAGAUCCUAACCAGUUUGUUCCAUUAAACACAGACCCGAAGGAAGUCCGUGACAAGAGAAACAAGAUUCGUGAACUGAAUCGAUAUGAUUUGAAGACAGCAGGUCCACAGUCACAAUUACUGGCUGGUAUUGUUAUAGAAAAGAAAAGCAGUCCGCCCAUGCAGCUGGACUCUGAGGAAGAACUGGUGCCACCCGGCCCACCAAACCCAUUCACUUACCUGUCUGAGAAUGACCUGGAGGAGUAUAAAAAGACAAUUGAACGGAGGCAGCUCGGAAUAGAUGAUACUGAGCAGGAACUAACAUCAGAUGAUGGUUCUGCGAUAUCACCACCUCAAUCCCCACAAGUCACAGCAGCAAAGUUAGAAGCAAAUUGUGAAGUGUUUGAGGCCGGAGAUCACCAGGGAAAUGCUAGGCCAGUCGUGGUGGUGAACGGUGGAAAAGACGACUUAGCGGAAGAUUUGACGAAGCGUAUCAGCCAAUUGACGACCAGCACUGCGGAGAGUGUAGAGAUCUCCGUCAAGCCCGCCGAAAAGAUAGAUUCAAACGCCAGCGACACCCUCUCCCCGGAAGGAUCCCUCAAAUCUCCCUCAAAGAAGAAGAAGAAAUUCCGCACCCCAUCGUUCCUGAAAAAGAACAAAAAGAAGGAAAAGGUGGAGGCGUAACGGCUCAGCUUGUGAAGAUACUGCACAACUGAAACGCUGGUCAGGUUGAUGUCAGUCUUUAAUGGUUGAUACUGACGUGUUGUUCAGCUAAACGUGCUAAACAUCAAUUGACUGUGCACUGACAUGGAUAGAAGAGAAGGGCAAGACUAUAUAGGGGUUAUUAAUCUGGCAUAAAAGUAUUUUAUCGCAAAUUUUGUUUUAGUGAUUAACCUUUUUUUUGCCAAAAUCAAAUCACGUUCUAGUGAAUUCUAGACUUGCAACACUUAUACUGUGGAAUUAAUUUUAAUCUGAGUUGCAAAAGGAAAAACCUCAUCUCACUAAAUCCACCAAAACGUGGGUAUUUUAUACAUUUACACACAGAUGACUUAACCCGUUACCAAUAAAGCAAGUUUCUACCUUAAAGUUUUAAUACAAAUGAAAUAAAUGUUACAAGCAUGCAACGUAAGGAUCUAAUGACACAAUGAGGGACCAGGGAAUGCCUUGCUUAAGGAUUACCUAGGUUAACACAGGCUUGUGGUAGAUCUGAUAUUAACACACUAGAGUAUACAAAACUGGAGUUGUGUUCAUAGUUUUUUUUUAUCAAAUAAUACUGCACUUUUUUGGUGAUAUAUAACUUGCUAGUGAUUAAAAUCCGAGUGAAAAUCCAUGAGGUAACCAAAUGAAGGCGAAAAAUGGCGACCAAAAAAAAAAAGGGAAAAGCAGGGUGUGUGGUGGGAUUGAGUGACGGGGAAAAGAGUCGAGGUAAAACGGAUGACGAGUGGUAACUACAAUAAUUUGAUGUUUGGGACUGUGGUUUGGCUUGCAGAAUGUUGAAACAAAGGCAUGAAGAAAAUACUAUUCGAAAU